GAGGUGAAAAGAGCCAACACAGUGUAGAACUAAACAGUCACAGUCUUUUUUGUUUUUUGUGUAUUUAUAUUAGUAAAAAAAAUGCUGUUUUCAAUCUUUCAGGCCUUCUUGAUGACUUUUGCCAUUGCCAGAGGGGAAGAUAAUUCAAUUCUCAAGCUCAAUGACACAAAAGCUGUUGAAGCCUUUGUGGACUCGGCUGAAGUGGUGAUCAUCGGCUUCCUUGAGGGAGAGGAGAGUCACGGGUAUAAAGAACUCGUGGCAGCUUCAAAGAAAGUCGACUCGGUUCCGGCAGCAGUUUGCACCGAGAAGGAAGUGUGGGCUGCAUACAGCGUCUCUUCAGACACCAUCACGCUCUUCAGAAAAGCUGAUGACCAGAAGAAGAACCUCGUUCUUUCUGAGCUCCAGAAGUUAGAUGUCGAUGGCCUGGUGAACUUCAUAGCCACCAAUGAGAUUCGAUACGUCACAGAGUAUAAUCAAGUGACAGCGGUGGGUCUGUUUAAUGCAGAAGUGAGGACACACCUGGUGAUCUUUGCUAACAGAGGCAGUGAAGAAUAUCCCCAGCUUAAGGAGAAACUGGCAACUCUGGCUCCCGAGUUCACAGGGAAGUUUUUAUUUGUGCUAAUUAAUGGAGCUUUGAAGUCCAACUUUAAAGCAAUCAACUACUUUGGCUUGACAACAAAAGACCUCCCACGUGUUGGCAUCUAUGAUGGUGACUCGGACAUGAAGUGGCUCCUUCCUGAGGGAGAGAUUUCCACAGAGCGUGUGCGGGAGUUCUGUCAAUCAUUUCUACGAGGCGACUUAAAGAAUGUGAAGCAGGCUGGACAUGAGCCCAAAAGUGAACUGUAGGACUUUGAAAAGAAAUGUAAAGAAACUUCUAUAUGUAAAACAAAAUGGACAGAAAUAAACGUAAACAUGAACAUUU